AUGAUUCUAGGGGCAGAGGUCUACUCCUAUGUUAUUGAAGAGGGGCUAAGAAAAGGUAGCUUAGGAACUCCAACCGCUCCACAAACUUCGUUAGGUUGGAUUCUUUCAGGAUUUUUAUCAGAAGAGUUUUCUUCUUCCAGGCAUUCUCUUGUUGGAUUACAAACUACGGUAGAUUAUGAACUACCGAACUCACUACGGAGAUUUGUAAUCCAGGAGGACGUACCUUCGACCAUUUCGGAAUAUAGUCUAGCCGAAGAGGAUUUUGAGCAGCUUUUUUCCUCCACUCAUCAACUUAGUCACGAUGGACGCUACAUCGUGCGCCUACCUCUAAAGGAUCGCUCUCUUAAUCUUGGAGAUUCAAGAGCAGAAGCUUACCGGGCUCUCAUCCAGAGAAAAAGACGUUUCCGGCGAGAUCCUGACUUAUACAAGAAAUACUCUGAUGUUAUCAAGGACUACUCAGAGUUUGAGAAGAGCUCGAGCACUAAAUUGCAAGUUGUUUUCAACGCUUCUCAACACACUGAUAAAGGGCUAUCCUUGAAUGAUCUCUUACAUUCUGUAUCCAAAUUACAGACAGAACUAUCGGAUGUCAUUCUAGGAUGGAGGAUGUAUCCAGUCAUCUUCACCACAGACAUCGAGAAGAUGUCCCUUGCUACUGAAAUUCUAAAUAGGGAAGUCUAUGUGGCUGAUAAUGUCGACAUAGCUCAAGAAUAG